UGACCUAGUCUUUAAUAUUGGUCACCACACAAAAGCAGUGCCGACAACAUGUUAGUGUCCUGCUGCUAUUAUUUCAACGGCUUGUUUCCAGGGGAUAAUAUUAGAGACGGACUUGUAAACAUUUGAAGCGUGGUUGACAAAUCACUAGUAGCAUGCUGGGCUCUGUUAGCUUUAUUCUACGUGGACGUUUCGGGAGUGAGUCCAGGAAAUGUGAUAUGAGCUGGGUGUAGCAAGGGAGCUGAAAGUCAGAGACCUGCCUUGACUGCUCGGCCAUUCACCGGUUACAGAGCACCGUUUACAGAGGGGAUAUGAAAUUACUCUUUCUAGCCUGCCUCAGCCCCAAAACAGGGAACUAUACGACAGCCGAGAGAAUAAGGUCUCACAUUGAGUCGGCAGGACACAGCUGCGAGCUAAGAGAUGUGGCAGAUUUUCACUCUCCCUCUGACGUGGCACAUCUAGUAUCCCAAAAUCCUCCGUUUGAGGCUGCGCUGGCAAUUCAUCUUUUCAAAGCUGGCAGACUCCUCCUGGACCUUCGUUUGCCCUUCGGAGUGAUUUUUGGCGGAACGGACAUAAAUGAAGAUGUGAAAGAUGAGCAGAAGCGUGUGGUUAUGGAGCAGGUGCUGCUGAAAGCCAGGUUUGCUGUUGCUUUCACUGAAAAACUAAAAGAAGAGGCAGAAUUUGUUUUGGCGUCACCCGACAGUAAAAUCUAUGUCCAGCCUCAAGGCAUCCAGACAGAAGUGGCUGAACAAUUUCGCUGGAGUGAAUUCUUGAGGAGCUCAGGUGUGAGGACGGAGGGCUUAGAUGAACUGCGUGUCUUCCUGUUGGUCUGUGGUCUCAGAAGAGUCAAGGACCCUCUCUAUUUGGCAGACGUUUUUUCAGAGUGGCAUUCAGAGAACCUUCACAAUGUACUGAUCAUAAUCGGGCCGAAGGUUGACCCUGCACUCACUGCUGAAGUGGAAGCAGUUGUUAAACGGGCCACCGGGGUCUUCCUGGCGCAGGAGAGGAGCCAACGGGAGCUUCAUGCCGCCAUGAAAAGGUGCUUUGCCGUAGUCAACAGCUCUGUGUCAGAGGGCAUGUCAGCAGCCAUCUUGGAGGCGAUGGACCUCAGAGUUCCUGUUCUGGCGAGGAACAUACCAGGAAAUGCAGCUGUGGUGAAGCAUGGAGUCACCGGCCUGCUGUUCUCGUCUCCUCAGGAAUUUGUGCACCAGUCUCAGAGGCUGCUGUCAGAUCAGGAGCUGAGAGAGAGAGUGGUAAGGAGUGGAAAACUCUACGUGGAGGAACAUCACAGUGUGAAACAGGAGAGGGAAACAUAUCAGAGGCUGGUGGACAAGCUGCACAAGGCCCAGAUUUUAGCCUAGCUGUAUACUUUCUCAGGAACUUUAGUUGCAGAGAAGAGGAUGUACUGUAUGUAUAUUAUUUUACUUAUUUAAUAUGGUUAUUCUUCCAUUUAUUGAAAUAAAAUUAAAGUUCUAUGAGCCCUUCCUCACUAAGCUAUGUAACACUGAACCAAAAGCAUGGAUGUGUUGAAGUGUCACGUAAUGUAUUUGAUGUCUGUGAAGUUGCUGUCAUGUAUCUAAAUAUAAUGUAAGCAAUUUUACAUAAAGGGAACUAAUAAAAAAUUGCAAAUAAAAUGAAAAAAAAAUCUUCCUUUGAUUUUCUUCACUGAUUGAUGAUGUGGAAGUCAUUGAUACUUGAAUUGUGUCCCAUUCUGGUGAGGCAAAAAGUUAUGCUGGCUAACUCGUUUAUUUUUAAUGAAGUGCAGCAAAUGGAUUUUCAAGAACCUAGCAAAAUCUGAAUGAGUUUAAAAGGCAAAGGGGAAAAUGAGGUCCUUCCAAUUUGCUGUAUAAAUUUAGGUUUUGGUAACGCACCAAAGCCGGGAUGGACAGAAAAACUAAGAUGAAAUGAAAACUGAAGAGGUACCUCGGUGAUUUACCUGCAUUCUGUACCAGAUAUCAUAGACCGUUGCUCGCUAAACCUGUUGAGAUUUUCUGUUUCCCUGGUCUGAAGAAGGAGACUUUUUAAUGCUUUUUAAAAACAAAUGAUGUUGAGGGAAAAAAAAAAAAAAAAGCUGCCUUAACCUGUUUGGAAAAAUUCAGUCGCCUUCAUUUUAGACCUGUUAGUGAAUUUCAUCAACCUAAAAUAAAGUUCAGCUUCCCAAAUAAGGCUUUUCUGACAUGAUAAUUUGCAGAUUGGGAGAAAUGUGCAAAAAAAUUAAAUCCACAGCUUUAUAAAUACCUUAUGUCACAGUAAAGAUAUCACUUAUUGUAGAAGAAGCAUUGGAAGAAUAAAAUUGGUUGGGGAUGAUGGGAAGAGGUCAACAACAAUACUGAAGAAGUUACAGAACAUUCAGGUUAAUAGUAGCUUUCUAGAUGUGACCGUUUCCUAUAUUCUCCUUUUGUCUAAACUAAAGAAUAUGGUCGCUGGUAUGAUAUGGCUGUUCUUAUCUAAUCAGGCUGAAAUCUCCCAUGACUUUGCAAAAAGACUGUUCUAGUCCAAUAAAACCCCACUUGAACUUUGGGUCGAUAAUUCCUAAAGAACAGCUUACCUCAGUGAAUCAUGGUUCUGAGAGCCUCAGUCUUUGGGGUAAUGCAAAGCUGCAGUAGGCAACUUACAUAAACAAUGUUUUUUUUUAUUUAUUUUAUCAUGUGUAACAGUUUCAGAGCAAAAAGACAUUAGGCUAGAUCAAAAAUAUUUACAUUAUUCUCAUGCCCAGAGCAGGGUCAACCACAUGCGUGAUUUACAAUGUGGAAACGGAAUGGGACGGGUCUCCUUUCUGCUCUGAUUGAAGGCUGUUUGCUGCAUGACCAGACUGCUGUCAGACUGACUACCUGUAAGUCCUUUGACUGUGGGAAGGUCAGCUCUCUGCUCGCUGUAAUUGCAGUAAGAUUGGUGCUUUCACAUGUUGUCAUAAAAGUCUCCGUUGGCACAGAAAAAUGUUGCUCCAUGUGUCGUUAGUCGCUUCAAAAGAAAAAGGAGCUCAUAAGUUGCUAAAUAUAACAAAGUUGCUCAGCAACAGUUCAAAGGGAAGGGUGUGAGGAGUGUAUACACAAACUUGAUUGACCACGCUAACACCCUCCUCCUGGCUCUGAUUGGUUGUUUCUUGGUGUGUUUCUGCAGAUGGCAGCAGAACCACAGCUAGAGCGCAGAGGGGCUCAAUUUUUGUGUCUCAUAUUAUAUUGUCACGACAUGGACAGUUUAAAACAGUAUAUGAAAACCAUAUUGUUUAUAAUAAAGUGACAUACUGCAGUUUGAAUUUCAGAUGGAGCAGAUUUGGUCAAAAUGACUGAAUGGUUAUGAACAUUUGAAUCUAUUCCAACCACGAGAUCGUUCUGACCCAAGGACUUCAACGUUUUAUUAUUUUCAGGAUCUUUGUGAGU